AUGCGUGUUACAGUUUUAUUAUUUGCAAGCUGUCUAGCUGUGGCAGCAGCACUACCACCAGCUGUCAGAAUCGCUGGUGGAUCAAACGCAGCGAUAACAUCAUACAGAUUUGCUGCAAGUCUUUUGUAUUCUAGAGUUGGCGUUGGCACUUUUAUAUAUGGAUGUGGUGGAUCAAUUAUUACCAAUAGAGUGAUUCUGACUGCUGCUUAUUGCCUUUACAAUGAACCUGUGUACCGUUGGCGUGUUCGAGUUGGUUCAGCCAGGUCCAGCACUGGAGGAGUUAUUCAUAAUACUCAGAGAACAGUAGUCCAUCCAAAUUAUAAUCCACGGACUGCCGACAAUGACAUUGCUUUAUUGCACUCAAUGACAGUGUUCGUUUUCAACAAUAAUGUUAAUUUGGUUGGAAUUGCCAGCGCUAAUUACAACCUGCCUGACAAUCAACCUGUAACAGCACUCGGAUGGGGAGCAACCAGUAGUGGUGGUCAACUCUCUGAUACUCUCCGUCGUGUUGACAUUUGGACGGUGAAUAGAAACGUAUGCAGGACGCGUUAUUCUGAGUUGGGAUACAGUGUUACUGAUAACAUGUUGUGUGCUGGCUGGCUCGAUGUUGGAGGCCGUGGUGCUUGCAUUGGUGAUACUGGCAGCGCUCUCAUUCAUCUUAACCGCAAUGUACAAACGAUCGUUGGAGUGUACUCGUGGAGUUACAAUUGCGCACUUCCUCGAUACCCUAGUGUCAAUACAUUUGUUCCUAGAUAUACUAACUGGAUAGUAGCAAACGCAAAUUAA